UUUGAUAUACAAAUCAUUUUGGUUUGCUCAUAUGCAGAUUCAUAGUGACCCGUCUUUGUUUCAACUAAUGAAAUACUCCCUCCGUCCCAUAAUGUAAGUGUAGUGUCAAAAAACGUCUUACAUUAUGGGAUGGAGGGAGUAGAUACGUAUUCAUCCAACUAUGGAAAGUGUUUGGAAGUGAGUUCUCCUCUAGUUGGAUCAGAGGUAACCAUUUGGAGCCAUUGGUCAUAUUGGAAACACCUACUGGGCUGCAGGAUGAAUUGUGGGGGGCUCACAUAUGUACAGAUUAUCUGCUAAAGUGAGAUGGCAUAACUAAACAUCGAGCUCUCACUUGGAGGAGGGUUGGCAACUUGGCAUCAUUUAAGCUUAAGCCACUAAACUUAGGGUUAUGGAAAGGCUCCCGGGGGUAAAAAUUGAUUAUGUUGGAGAAGGACCUUAAAGAUGCAUCAUUGUUCAACUGCCAACUAUUUGUUGUUUCCAGUAAGACACAACCCUGUUGAAGUCUUGCAGUGAUUUUUGCUCCUAGGUUUCAUUAAGAUUUUGUCGCUUUGUUGGCAUUGAUAAAGGAUAUUUUGUCGCAGUUCAUGCAGUAAAUCUAUGUCAUACACUUGUGUGUUUAUAUGUUUCAUCAGGUUUGUCUGACCUAUAUGAUGAUAUCGAAGCCCAACUGUACAUUGACCUUGACUUGUUCUGCCCAGUGUAGAUGAUAAAACAGUUCCCCUUAUAAGUUGUGAUUGUUUGGAUUGCUAGCAGAUUCCUCUUUUAGCAUUUUCAAAUCUCUCAUCAUUCCUGUGCGUGUAUUUAAUUCUGUAACUAAAAUGGUAGGAUGCACAAGUUGACAUUUGGCAAUUGGCCAAGUAAGCUGUUAAGUUUAUUAGUCUACCACUUUUUUCUGAUGAUGUCUAACUUCUCAUGAACUCUUACAUUUAGUUUUAUAUCUAAAUUCUGGCUAUAGUUUAUGGAUUUCUCGAACGGUAAAGCACUAUGUUAGUAUUUCAUGAGAUAAUUUGCCAAUAAUAUAUUCGCAGUAGUGUUUGCAUUUGUGUCCAACGAGCCAGUGUUGCAAUCUACUCCCUCUGUAAAGAAAUACCUCUGAGAUGACCAUGGUGUAGCAUAAGACAGGUGGUAUUUCAUAGUGUAGCAUAAGACAGGUAGUGUCCCUACUAGAUUUACUUUGCUUUCAUUGUCAGGUGGUAAUGAAGAAAUACCUCUGAGAUGACCAUGUGCGCUUAGGGGAUGGGAGUCGAGUUCACUCACAAGAGAUGGGCCAUCAUCCUUUCUAGAAAGACUUUCCUCUGGAUAUAAAACCUAUUUCACAGGAUUUGUGAUCAAAAGAAUUGGAGUGUGUCCUUCCAACGAUUGCAUAUCAAUGCAGUCGAAAUAUAGCAGGCAAUCAAGUUUGCUAAAGGGUGAUAUGCUUAUGAUCUUAUGGAUGGAAGCCCUAGAGUUCAAUUGCCAGGACUUUCCCAAGAGUUAGGAUCAGCUGGCCCCAAGUGCAAAGAACUUCAAGAAACAACAAAGAGUUGUUGAUGGAUAAUUCAGCCUGCUUGCUCCUCUGUUUGCCAAUUGUUUGGAGCUACGAGGUGUGCUAAAUCUCUAAAUGCAAAAACUGUAUCACUGGAUAUGUUGCCAUUCAGAGGUGGUGCUGGAAGGAUCAGUGGCGAAGCCAACAUAGAGAAGGAGGCGAUCGUUAUCGCAGCUGAGGGAAGCAAAAGCACGUGGAGGGGCAUUCCUCAUCCUACUGGUACAUGUUAUUCUUCCAGCAAGCGGCGUCAGUUCCAAAAUGAAGAUUUGCUUAAUUGUGAAAGGAUGUUUUGUCUCAAACUCUAUAUGGUCCAAGAUAUACAAUCAUUUCUCAUAUUACCUCCGUCCCUAAAAGGUUGUCUUAGAUUUGUAUAAAUUUUGAGUCUAAGCUAUCUUCCUCUGGUUUGCAUAGAUCAAGGGUUACAUGCAGUUCCUCUUUAUGCCCAGCCCGGCAAGGUAGCGGGUAUAUAUGGAAGAAGCUAUGUUGUUAAUUUGUUAUAUCGUGAUUUAAGACCACCAAAUGGUUAGAAUAUUAACCCUCGGUUAGCAUGGUAUCCAAUAUGCCUAGAUUGAUAUAAAUUGUUGCCUAGAUUAAUAUAAGUUGUUACAUUCACAGGCUAUCUAAAUGCAAACAGAGUUAGGCAUUAACAGAUGCAAGCUGGCUCUUCCAGAUGGCAUCUAAUCUGUUUUCAGUGGUGUAAAAAUAUAUCUUCACAACAAUAUGAAGCUUGUUCUGUAGAAUGUAGUCCUUCAAAAAAAAAAAAUUGAAGCCAGAGAUGUGACACUGGACAUGGACAGUCUGAAUUAUCGGCUGUCUAGAUUUUUUCUGUCCCGAGAAUAGAUUGCAAACUGUACCUGCAUAGUUAACAUUUUUUGUGCACAUUAUGUUUUGCUUCCAUGGUUUGUAGGCUUAUGAACUACUACUGUCUUCAUUAAGGCAUGGAUGUGGUUCACAACUUAGUAGUUUAUUUUGUUCAAAAUAUCGGCUGAUAAAUCAGGUAAGUGGCUGAUUAAUCCCUACUCGAUUUAUCGGCUGAUUAACUGCCGUUCGCCUAUUAAUCCCUACUUGCCAGCCGACCAAAUAGUUACCAGCUAAUGAUUUCCUUAAAAUUGUUUUAUUUUGCUAUCUGUUAGCAUAAAAAAUGGCAGCGAAAUUAUAUCUUACUUAUUUUUCUAUGUGAAAUUCAGUCUAUUCAUAUAUGGUAGUUGAUUGAUUGAUUUGCUGUAUUGCUCAAGAGCUUUAGAUAGUGGUCCAUUUGUUCAUAGUUAAUCAUGUAGUUGAGCUAUUAAGAAUUUAUUUAGGAUCUUACUUCAAGACAUUUCGUGUCACAGGCCACUGUGGUUGUCUUGAAAGAUCAUCCUCCCUCUGUAUUAGCAGUCUCUUAAAUAUGCAGGAUUUUUUGAAUCUCGGGCAUGCUCCAGGAACUCCUCAUGACAAGUAAGCACCCCUUUGGCUAGGUACUGGUUCUCUUAUGCAUUGAAGGUUAUGUCCUUAUUUUGUCAGACUUUGGUAUAUAAUCGGGAGCACUUGGUGCCGUACGAGACAAACUCUUAGUAGCCCAAUUCAAUCUGGAGAUAUUUUCAUUUCUUUCUGCCUCAGAUCACUGUCAAGAACAAUUGUAAGACAUGGUUCAGAGCAAUGAUCACAUGACAAGAUUGCACCAUCAAUGUAGUUUAUGAAUUUUGCCAUUGCUCUUGUAUGCUCCCACUUGCUGUAGCGAGACAUAACAGGGGACCCCCUAAAUUCAUUAACCUUUCCUCUCCAAUAUAUGGACGUAGUACAUUCUUCAUGAGAUAAUUAAAAGACUGGUGCUGUUUUAUGCAAUGCGAAGACCAGGCAGAUGAUCCCGAUACGAAAGCCAAAGCUCUGCUAUUCGGUCGUUCCAUCCGGACAAAAUCAGCAAGGCUCUCUGGUCUUUGGUCCAAGAUCCAGCAGUUGGACCAGAGUAUUAUUAACUAUCUGCUAGUGUUUGCCAACCUAAGCUUUGUUGAGUACUGCUGUCAUUUUCGGUCUCUAGUAAUGUAAUGUAAUAAUUACAUUACUAAAAAACGCCGCCUAGCUGUAAACAGAUGGGUAAAAGCUGGAGCAUAAGAGGUAUCUAGCGAUUUUUUUCUGAGAAUAAAAGGUCUCCAAGGAUACUAUUUCUAACCAGUCGAAUCAAGUAAGGAUGAAAAUAUUCAAAAGUUGCAGUUUUGAGAUGAGAAAGGACGAAAGAGAAAAUAAAUGAGAGCUAUAAAGAGAAGGAAGGGUAGCCGUCCAUUGCCAUCUACGGCCGCGGACUUGCAAUCCAACUCCCCUAUAUAUACGGCACCUACCAACCCCAAACUCCAUCCAUUCACUCCCUGUCCUCUCCUCGCUUAGCUUUCUUCCUCCUUGGUAGCUCUAGUCUUCUUGCUGUGGGUAGCCAUGGCGGCCCCGAUGUUGAACCAGCUCAACACCCUCGUGGCCAACAUGUUCGCCGCGGGUUUGCUGGACGAUCAGUUCCAGGAGCUGCAGAUGCUCCAGGAAGGGAGCGCCCCAGACUUCAUCGACAAGGUUGUCACGCUCUUCUGCGAGGAUGGCGAGCGUAUCAUCGGCGAGAUCGCCAAGCUGCUGGACAAGCCAUGUGUGGACUAUCACAAGGUGAGCCGUUUUGUGCAUGAACUCAAGGGAAGCAGUGCAUGUAUUGGUGCUCAGAGAGUGAAGAACAGUUGCAUUCAGUUCCAACAGUGUUGUCAGGAGAAGAGCAGAGAUGGGUGCCUGAACGCACUGGAUUCUGUGAGGAACGAUUUCUAUGAUGUGUGCAGCAUGUUCAAGCCACAUGCUUCAGCUGGGCCAGCAGGUCCAGGCCCUAAUCCUGAACUGUAGACUUGAGCGAUAAAACUGGAGCUGCAUUUCUGAUGGCACACAUUUGAAGUAGUAGAACAUGCUCAACUUAGCUUAUAGCUUGGGAUUCAUUUGCUUGUGUGGUGUAGCUGUCUAGUGACAAGCUAAUCAUCUAGUACCGAUGUCUUUGUUAUUGUCUAGUUUCGUUUGGAAUUCUCGGUGGUCAAAUAAAAAAUUCAGCUGUGGUUGUUUUGUGGAUUAUUGCUGGUUAAUAUGGUGUCUCAGUUAUAGUCGGUUUCUAGCUCGUAGAAAUGCAGCUGCAGUGUAAUCUUUGCAAUAUUGUGCCUCGUCGGUAUGUAUAUCCACCGUGGUGGUAUAUAUAUUGUGAAGAACAUAUUUUAUCUA